UGAUUCAGAGAGCCAGCACACAGGAAAGCCCACCAACAGAACAAUUAACCAGAGGUCCAGAGCUACUACCCAAAAGCCCUGUUUUCAUAAUGAUAUAAAUCCAUAUUUGUCCCAGCGAAGGCACACAGCCGCCGCCAUUUCUUCAUCCUCCCAUCUCCUGAUCUCCAUCUCCAUCUUCUUCGCAGCGCCGGCGAUCCAUCUUCCGCUGCCUCCCUUCCUCGCGCUCGGGCUCUCAGUGACGGCAUCAGCGGUUUCCCCUCCCGCCUCUCGCCAGUCGCAUCACGCCCCCGCCUCCGGUCCACCGCACACCGGCCGGUGACCCUACAUGGCCGUUUCUUUUGCAAAUGUCAACGCCGAGGCAGGGCUGAAAAAGCUUGAUGAGUACCUUCUCACUCGCAGCUACAUCACUGGCUACCAAGCUUCCAAGGAUGACCUGGCUGUCUACUCUUCAUUUUUGGCUGAUCCCUCAUCCAAGUAUAUCAAUGUAGCAAGGUGGUUUAAUCACAUUGAUGCACUCCUGAGGCUGAGUGGAGUUACCGCAGAGGGCCUAGGUGUUAAGGUUGAGCCAUCAGCGGUUCCUUCAGCUUCAAUUCUUGAUGUUGCUGAUGGACAGGCCCCAGCUGCUGACGAGGAUGACGAUGAUGAUGUUGACCUUUUUGGCGAGGAGACUGAAGAGGAGAAGAAGGCUGCUGAAGAACGUGCUGCGGCUGCCAAGGCUUCUGGCAAGAAGAAAGAAUCUGGGAAAUCGUCAGUUUUACUUGAUGUGAAGCCAUGGGACGAUGAGACUGACAUGGCCAAGCUCGAGGAAGCUGUUAGGAGUGUCCAGAUGGAAGGACUGCUUUGGGGCGCAUCCAAGCUUGUCCCAGUUGGAUAUGGCAUCAAGAAGCUGCAAAUCAUGAUGACCAUUGUCGAUGACCUUGUCUCUGUUGACACUCUCAUCGAGGACCAUCUCUGCGCUGAGCCAGUGAGCGAAUACGUCCAGAGCUGCGACAUUGUCGCCUUCAACAAGAUCUAAAUUUCCUUGUGAUGGUGGCAAUGGUGGUUGGUGGGCACUGUACCAGCCUAAUUUAUAAUUUUCCAUGAGCAUCUUCAAGAGUUUUUCUAAAUUAUCAUUUGGAGUCAUUUACAUAAAAAGCACUUUCUAUAUCUUUUUAAUCUCAACAACUUUUCUAUAUCUUGUUUGCACCCUGGAGAGCUAUUUACGUUUUCUAUCUUUAGCUAGCGAGAAACCUGGAUGGCUGGAAUAGAAGAUAACUAUAUUUAGACAAUACUUUAAAUAAGCUGUUGGAAGAUAGUAAUUCUUGUGUGAUCGGAUGCAUAAUGCCUUGGUCUGGCUGGUUGGAGGUGUAUCACUCUGGAGCAUGUUCGGUUCUGUU